AUGAUCCCGUGCUCCACACUGCUGCUCUUUGCAACGUGUCUGUCCAUCUGCUCCAUCGCAUUUGCGGCCAAUGUCAACGACUCGCAGGCGCCAUCCACUGAGGCACAGCUGACCUGUGAAGUAUCUGCUGAUUGUCUGGCAAAGGGUCUCAAGUACAGCACGUGUGAUGGCGGCGUGUGUGCGACCGAUGCGCUGUUUCCACUAUCCCGACAAGAGAUCGCCGGCUCCAUCGGUGGGUUCGUCGCCACUGUCUUAGCUGCUGGGUCGGGAUUGGGUGGCGGAGGGCUUCUUGUCCCGAUGUACAUUAUCCUAAUGAGACUGUCGGCCCACGAGGCCGUACCACUGUCCAAGGCCACUAUCUUUGGCGGUGCAAUCGCCAGCUUCCUCGUGAACGUUCGCAAACGUCACCCAUUGGUGCUUCAUCGCCCGCUGAUUGACUACGAGACAAUGUUGCUCAUGGAACCCCUGACGCUCGCUGGGACAAUCAUUGGGGUCCAUCUGAACGCCGUGUUUCCAGAGUGGCUCACUACCAUCUGUCUCGUGGGGUUUCUAAGUCGAACCGCUUGUCGCACGUACCGCAAGGGCAAUAACAUGUGGCAACAAGAGACGGCCAUGGACCGCAAGGUCGCGGCAGACGUGGUAGCGUACUGGCGGUUGCUGCCGUACGAGUCGCACUUCAAGCAGUUCCAAGCAGUUGCACGGGCGUACUUGAGGUGGAAGACGUACAAGUCGCCGGACAAGGCGAACCUUCAGCUCCAGAUCGUGCCGGCAAAAGCCUACCGCGAGGACAGUCGCAGCUUGUCAACUAGCACGGAAGCGAGCACGGAAGACGAAGAAGCGAGCAGCGACGACAACGAACAUGGGUCGGCAUUGACAUGGGGGCUCCAAGCCAAUCGACCCGUGAAGUUCGUCUCGGUGCGAGAAAUCGCCAAGGCGCGACGCACUGUCCCGCUGGCAGACAUGGGUGUGCUGCUCCUGACGUGGACUGGCCUUGUGCUGUUUUCAUUGGCAAAAGGUGGCCACGAUAUGCCGAGCAUGAUCGGGCUGUCUUGUGGCAGUGCCGGCUACUGGCUGCUCACGCUCGCUUCGUUCCCGUUCUUCGUCAGCGUGACGAUCUACUUUGGUAUAAAGAUCAGCCGAUUUCACACGAUGCUGCAGGCUUCUGACUACACGUAUGCCAAGGGCGACAUGGUCUGGACGAAACAAGCAGUGAUCAAGUACCCUGCGCUGUGCACUGCCGCUGGCAUAGCCGCCGGUCUACUCGGCAUUGGAGGGGGUAUGGUGAAAGGUCCACUGCUGCUUGAAAUGGGACUGCUGCCACAAGUGUCAUCGGCCACGUCGUCGUCGAUGAUCUUGUUUACAUCGUCUGCCACCACGAUCCAGUUUAUCAUUCUAGGCACGUUGUCCGUGGAACACGCGCUAUGGCAUGGCGUCGUCGGGUUUGCCGCCGGCCUCGUGGGACAGCUGGGGAUGUCGUAUCUGGUCAAGAAAUCCCGCAAAUCGGCGCUCGUGGUUUUUUUCGUGGCGGGUUUCAUCGGAAUCAGUUGCCUCGUUAUGGGCGUGUUGGGCUUUGUCCGCACUUCAACAAUCGGCUUUCGCGGGUUUCGCUCGCUUUGUCUCCGAUAA